UUUUCACAGUUCCUGUCAUCUGUAUCGUAUCGUGUUGUAUCUGUGUCUGUAUUUGUGCGUUCUAUCAUUGUCUGCUUUUCCGGUCUGUUUUUCUUUUCCCUUGCAUAGCGUAUAGGGGGAGUGGAAACGGGUGAAUGGGUUCCUUUUUUCGGGUUUUUUCUUCUCUGUUUGUUUGUUUUGUUUUCGUGUCAUUCGUAGUGAUCCGUUUGUACCUUGAUAUCUGUUUGGGUUUUUCUUUUUUUUUUCCAUUUUUUCUUUUACUUCUUCUUCCGUUACAUUUCCUUGUGUUUUUUUCAUUGUGUUUUUUGGUUUUUGUGUCUCUGUGUCUGUGUGUGUGGAUGAGUGGAAGUGUGGAGGUGUCUCUCUGUGUGUAGGUGUGUAACUGGGUGUCGUAUCGAACAAUGGCUGGAUGAAUGAAAUACUACUACCGCUACUACUACUAUUACUGCUAUGAUACUGUUACUGUUACUGC